AGUUUGAACUUCCCCUCCUCUCUACUUCUCUCCUUCCAUCGUGAUACCUUCACUCGAGACCGUCACCACACAAUCUGUCGCUAUGUCUGUUCGCGCGCAAUUCGAGAACUCGAACGAAGUCGGCGUUUUCGCCCGUUUGACCAAUUCCUACGCUAUUCUAGCUGUUGGAGCCUCGCAGAACUUCUACAGUCUGAGCUGCAGGACGUUAUUCCCAUUUGCCACGCUACUAUCAACGGUACACGAAUUGUCGGACGGUUAACAAAUGGCCUUCUCGUCCCCACAACAACCACAGACCAGGAACUGCAGCACCUCCGCAACACUCUGCCGGACACCGUCAAGAUCCAGCGCAUAGAAGAGCGUCUAUCAGCACUAGGAAACGUGAUCUGCUGCAACGACCACGUUGCAAUCGUGCACCCCGAUCUCGAGCGCGAGACCGAGGAAAUCAUCGCCGACGUCCUAGGCGUAGAAGUUUUCCGCCAGACAGUAGCCGAUAAUGUCCUAACAGGCUCAUACAUGGCUCUCUCAAACCAAGGUGGAAUCGUGCAUCCGAAAACCUCAGUCCGCGACCAGGACGAGCUCUCCUCGCUGCUGCAAGUGCCGCUGGUAGCUGGCUCUGUGAACCGCGGUUCACCUGUCGUUGGUGCUGGCAUGGUCGUUAAUGACUGGUUGGCUGUUACAGGUCUUGACACUACUGCUACUGAGCUUAGUGUUAUUGAGAGUGUUUUCCGUCUUGGUGAGAUGGCGCCUGGUGGUGGUGGUGCUGGUCCUAAUAAGGAGAGCAUUGUUGAGAGUUUCUACUAG